GUCAGGUUGCCGGGCGGCCGCUGGAGGCGGUGUGUCCAUCCAUCUUCCCGGGUUGAUUAGUAGUCUCAGCGUGUGGCUGGGAAGCCGGAGCACAAUAGAAGAAGAGCUGUGUACUGCCUGAGAACACAGGAGGAGGAGGCACUGCAGAACAGAUUCUGCUGCAGAGGAAGAAUGUACAUCGACUCACUGAUGAUAUUACUGUAAUUCCAGAAGAGAUUGUUUUACAUCACACCCACAGACAAAUUCUUGAAAUGAUGGUUGUGUAGGUUAGAAAACAUGGCAAACAGGAAACGUCAAAGCACCUCCAGCAUGCUGGACCAAAGACCAAGAUCCUGCCCUUCUUCUCCUCAUAUUGGCAAUCGUGAUAACCAGGACUCUGUAUAUGAGGAGCCUGUGGUGCAUGAGUACACCAACACACAGAUACCCAGCAUGCACAUCACAACAAACCGGGAGGAACAAGACUGUAAUGACAACAGUGGUGAUGGGGAUUCAAGUUCUGACUAUGUAAAUAACACUUCAGAUGAGGAGUACGAUGAAGGGCUUCCUGAUGAAGAGGAAGGAAUUACAUAUUAUAUACGAUAUUGUCCUGAAGAUGAUAGUUAUCUGGAAGGUAUGGACUGCAAUGGAGAGGAGUAUAUUCACAAUGAGAAGCCCCAUUUAGACACAGAUGAAUGUGUUGAAGCAGUGGAGGAUGAAUGGACAGACUCCAAGAUACAGCAGCAAGAAUGUACAGAUGAAGAAACAGGGCAUGAAAGUCAGAUUCAAAUGUUGGAGGAGGAUAAUUCAUCUUCAUUAGAAGUUCAAGACCAAGAGGAAACAGCUCAAUACAGUGAAAAUGAAGAAGCAUAUCAAGACUACUAUCCAACAGAAACAAAUGGAAAUUCACUUCCACAAUCCCCAUUUCACGCAAGGAAAACCGAGGGAGAAGGAGAGGAUCAAGAGGAGGACAUUGAUCAGAUUGUUGCUGAGAUCAAAAUGAGUAUGAGUAUGAGCAGCAUAAAUAGUCCUACCGACAUGAGCCCUGAGCACACUGUGCCAGAAACUGUGCCAACAGACCAUAAGGAAACGUGCCAGAAUACAGACACUCCCCAAACUGCCAGCAGACAUGAAGGUCGGCCAAAAUCUUUAAAUAUUCCCUCAGCUUCAAAGCACGUUGGUGAUAUCCAAAGAAACUACAAAGGAAAGGUUCGAACUCCAGAAGAAAGGCAGAAAUGGUCUCAAGAACAGGUGUGUAACAGUGCAGAGCAGCCCAGAAAACAGCAGCGUUCUGACCUUAAUGGCCCAGUUGAUAACAACAAUGUGCAAGAGCCGACCAAGAAGGUGGCAUCUUUUCCAAGUUUUGUUGAUGUUCCUGGACCCUGUGAGCCAGAAGAUCUUAUCGAUGGAAUAAUUUUCGCAGCCAAUUUCUUGGGUUCUACUCAGCUUUUGUCAGAACGAAAUCCAUCAAAAAACAUCAGAAUGAUGCAAGCCCAGGAAGCCGUUAGCCGUGUGAAGAGGAUGCAGAAGGCUGCUAAAAUCAAGAAAAAAGCGAAUUCAGAAGGAGACUCACAGACGUUAACAGAAGUGGAUCUUUUCAUAUCGACACAGAGGAUCAAGGUUUUAAAUGCUGAUACACAGGAAACAAUGAUGGACCAUGCGCUACGGACAAUCUCAUACAUUGCUGACAUUGGUAACAUUGUUGUCUUGAUGGCAAGACGCAGAAUGCCAAGAACUGCAUCUCAAGAUUGUAUAGAAACCACACCAGGUGCUCAGGAGGGAAAGAAGCAGUACAAGAUGAUCUGCCAUGUCUUCGAAUCAGAGGAUGCACAGCUCAUUGCUCAGUCAAUUGGCCAAGCAUUCAGUGUUGCUUACCAGGAAUUUUUACGAGCCAAUGGGAUCAACCCUGAAGACCUGAGUCAAAAAGAAUACAGUGAUAUUAUCAAUACUCAAGAAAUGUAUAAUGAUGACCUCAUACACUUCUCCAAUUCUGAGAACUGCAAAGAGCUGCAGGUGGAAAAGCUCAAGGGAGAAAUAUUAGGAGUGGUUAUUGUGGAAUCAGGAUGGGGUUCAAUACUACCCACUGUUAUUCUGGCCAACAUGAUGAAUGGAGGACCGGCUGCUCGGUCCGGGAAGCUCAGCAUUGGUGACCAGAUCAUGUCCAUAAAUGGAACAAGCUUGGUUGGUCUUCCUCUAGCAACAUGCCAAGGUAUUAUCAAGGGCCUUAAGAAUCAAACGCAACUGAAACUGAACAUUGUCAGUUGUCCCCCAGUGACUACCGUCCUCAUCAAGAGACCUGAUCUGAAAUACCAGUUGGGAUUCAGUGUACAGAAUGGAAUUAUCUGCAGCCUCAUGAGGGGAGGGAUUGCGGAGAGAGGUGGUGUACGAGUGGGACACCGCAUCAUUGAGAUCAACGGGCAAAGUGUUGUGGCCACAGCUCAUGAGAAGAUUGUUCAGGCACUCUCCAACUCAGUAGGAGAGAUUCACAUGAAGACCAUGCCAGCAGCGAUGUUCAGACUUCUCACUGGGCAGGAAACCCCUCUUUACAUAUAACAAUGAGCAGCCAUAAUGAAAACGCUUU